UGUAGGUCUAUGGUAAACCAAAAGUAAAUAAACAUUCAACAUUGUAAAAAAAAUAUUUAUUAUUUGUUACAACUAUAAGCUUUUAUCCAUUCAAUACUUGAUAUAUACAUAAUGUUAUGUAAAAGAAUGUGUAUUAAACCACGCAAAUACUUAACUUUUAAUCACAGUUAUAAGAAAUAUGGUUUAAUAGCUUCCGUACUGGAAAAAGCUAAUGUCGGUGAAGUUGCUGAAAUUAAGGGAUGGGUGAAAAGUCUACGCGUUCAAAAAGAUCACAUUUUCGCGGACGUUAACGACGGUUCUUGUGCUCAAAAAUUGCAAGUUCUUAUCCCUAAGCAACUCAAAACUGAUUUUUUGACGUAUGGAAGUUCAGUGCAAAUAUCUGGGAAGCUAUCAAAAGGCCCUCGAGGCCAACUGGAAUUACUGGCAGAAAAUGUAACUGUGCUUGGUAAAUGCGUAGUUCUAGACGGCUAUCCCUUUAAUCCGCGCACUGCCCACCCACCUGAUUAUAUUAGGCAAUACUUACACUUACGAUCCCGCACAAAUUACUUUUCUGCUGUACUGAGGGUACGAAAUGCACUCACAAGGCAUAUUCAUAAAUAUUUUGCAUCCAAAAACUAUUUACACAUCAACACUCCAAUAUUAACAUCUAAUGAUUGUGAAGGAGCAGGUGAGGUUUUCAAAGUACAGCCUGAAAACGAUCAAACUGUGAAGGCAAUGAUGCAAGAAGGAAGAAAUAAAGAUACAGUAUAUUUUGGUACUAAAACAUACCUGACUGUAUCAGGGCAGUUGCAUUUGGAAGCCAUAUGUAGGGGAAUUGGUAAUGUUUAUACACUAGGUCCAACUUUCAGAGCUGAAAAUUCCAGGUCUCGCUUACAUUUAUCAGAAUUUUACAUGCUGGAAGCAGAAAUAGCAUUUUGUGAUAGCAUAGUAAAACUGCAAGAUGUUAUAGAAGAUUUAUUAAAGUAUUUAUUUACUGAGACAUGGAAUACUAAUGAGACAGAUAUGUUUUUAAUUGAUAAGAAUAAUAAAGUGCCUAUAUGGCUUAACAAAGAUUUUAUAACAUUAACAUAUGGAGACGCAAGGAAUAUUUUAGAUAAAAAAGGUUUAAAUAUCACUGAGGAAGGUAUAAAUAAAGAACAGGAGCUAGCUCUAGUGGACUAUUGUAAAGUACCUGUUUUUGUAACACAGUGGCCUAAGGAUAUGAAGUCAUUUUAUAUGAAGGAGUCCCCUUUAGAUAUUACCAAGGUGGAUGCUUUGGACCUAUUAGCUCCAAUCACAGGAGAAAUUGUUGGUGGAAGUCUCAGGGAGGAUGAUUAUGAUAAACUAAAAGACAAAUUACCAUCAGAACAAUUAAACUGGUAUUUGGAACUGAGGAAAUUUGGUAAUAUACCGACAGGCGGCUUUGGUUUGGGUCUGGAGAGAAUAAUGCAGGUUUUGUGCAAUGUUCCUAAUAUCAAGGACACUUUGCCUUUUCCUCGUUGGCCACAUAAUUGUGAUAUGUAAUUUGUUACUAAUAAUGACUGUAAAUGUAAUGCAAAAAGAUUACAUUAAAUUAAUUAUUUAUUAACUGCUUA